AUGACGGAUAAUUCUUCAUUGCUAGAGCAAAUCAAUGCACCGGGUUUCGAACCUUUGGAAUGCAUAGAUCUCAUUCGAAGGCAUUCAAAUGACAUUGGUAUUCUGUUCCACUUAGUUAGUAAACUACGAACCUUCAAAUACGAUGAUGUCGAAUUCUUGAUUCCACAAUUAUUGCAAAUAGUGGUCACAUCUGACUCAAAGUCAAUGGCAUUGGAAGAUUUCCUUCUAGAUUAUUGCGAAACCCAUUCGCACUUCGGUCUCAUCGUCUUUUGGAAUCUUCAAGCUCUCGUAUUUGAGCUCAAGGAUUCUCCCGAUUCUCAAUCCUUCCAGACCGUGAGAAACAUGGUAAAUAAAUUACAAGACAUUUUAUUCAACCCGUGUUCAGAAGGGUUUAACGAUUUUAAGGAAAAUUUGGAUCCCGCGCUUGUGCUUUGUGGUGCGCUUGCGGCAAGCUUUGGACUUCCUUCGAUACAUGGAUAUACAGUUCCUUUGAUUAAAAGCCAAGGAAAACAAUCGAAGUCAUUUGUGUUCAAGCUUGCAAACUUUCAAAAAUCGCUCACUCAAAAUUUGACGCAAAAAAACAAACAAACCGCCAAUCAAGCUAGACUGGUACACUCUGACGAUGAAGCCCCAAGAAGGACCAAUACAGAUUCUGAAUCAGAUGCUGUCAAAUUGCGCUACUCGGAGUCUUCAGCAAGGAGCAAACGCAAACUGAUUCUGACUCUUGUCUCAGAAGAAUCCGAUCAGAAUACGAGCGACGACGAUGAGCAGCAUUAUUCGAGAAGACUCUUGAGGGAAAUGGUUCAUAUUGACGAAACAAUAGAACAAAAAGGUAUAAUUGACUAUGUGAGCACACACAAAGUCCUGCAUUCUUCGGAUUCCGGAUCUCUAGAAUAUUCGCAAUCAAUGCCUGAUCUUUUAUCUAUUGAUUCAAAGGCGAAAAUGAAUACUCGCAAUUCAAGAAAGACAUCUCAUGAAUUAAGCCCUCGUGAAUUGACAAAUCGACUCGCCAAAUCCACUAGUGAUCCCAAAAAAAUCCUCAAAACUUUAUAUUUCAAGGGAGUCACAGAAUUCAUUCUCGCUCUCCAAAACAUUUCAUUGAGAUUAUCUCAAUUGCCCAAAGAGGCAAGACUAUCAGCGCUCCGUGCAGAGUUAACGAUUAUUAAUGAUAGAAUGCUUCCAGCCGAGAUUGAUAUCCCCCAGCUUUUGCCUGUUACAAGCACUCGAAAGAAAUUCCACAAACUACUCAAACUCAGCAUCAAUGAUGCAUGUGUUUUGAAUUCUGCUGAGCGAGUGCCAUUUCUCUUGUUUGUCGAGUUCCUAAGUGAUGAGUUAGAUUUCAACCCGAAAAGUGAAGCAAACAAAGGAUUGAUCAAAGGAGCUUCUACAGGAAAAGCAUCUACUCGUAAAGAAAAGCCAGCCUUAGCAGCGCAACCAAUCAUCCAAUCGCAGUCGUUUGAUGGCAUCAGUCAGGUCGAAAUCGACAUAAGUGAUAUGAGAGUCUCAACACCUCAGAGUGCACACUAUGAUUUGGCCAAUUAUAAUAACGCAUCAGAAAAACAGAACAAAGCUACAAAGUCUCAACCGGCUAUUUACAAUAAUGACGCUACAGUCAAAAGUCGGGCAGAUCAAAUGAGAAUCGCCGCAGUAAUGUUGCAGCAGCUCGAAAGCUCAGGACAAGCAAUGUCCGAACAAACAAUUGCUAUCAAAGAACGAAUAGUUCAAUCUAUGAUUGAUCUUCAAGAUCAAUUUGAUUCAAUUGACUUUGACAAAUACAAUGAUCUAAAGAGCGACGGGCUCAAUGCAGGUGAACGAAAACUUGAAAAUGACUUCAAACUAGCAGAGGACUGGAAAAGCAAAAAGAAUAGAAUAAGGGCAUUAAGUCCGUAUGGCCAUUUACCAAAUUGGGACCUAUGCUCCGUUAUCGUGAAGAAUGGAUCCGAUCUUCCACAGGAGGCUUUUGCCUGUCAAUUGAUUGCAAUAAUUUCCAAAAUUUGGUUUAAAAGAAAAAUACCAUGCUGGACAAAAAGGAUGAAAAUAUUGAUUACAUCAGCUAACACAGGUUUGGUCGAAACAAUUACCAAUGCAAUUUCUGUGCAUUCUAUAAAAAAGUCACUCACUGAACAUUCCAUUGUGGAAGGCGAGAAUGUGCGCCGCAAAAUCUCCACAUUGAAGGACUAUUUUGUGAAAGUUUUUGGUGAAGAGUCAUCGCCGGCGUAUCGCAGGGCUCAAGAAAACUUCACAAAAAGUUUAGCUUCAUACUCUAUCAUUUGCUAUUUUUUGCAAAUCAAAGAUCGUCACAAUGGUAACAUAAUGAUUGAUGAUGAAGGCCAUAUCAUUCAUAUUGACUUCGGAUUUCUUCUCUCCAACUCACCUGGUAGUGUGGGCUUCGAAGCUGCUCCCUUCAAAUUAACUUCUGAGUAUGUUGAUCUUAUGGAUGGUACUGAAAGUGAUUUGUUUCAAUUGUUUAAGAAAUUAUGCACUGAAUGUUUUCUAUCAUUAAGAGAAGAGGGAGAACAAAUAAUCAAUAUGGUUGAGCUCAUGCAGAAGGAUUCUACUCUCCCAUGCUUCAACAACGGUGAGAAUACAAGUGUGUUGCUAAAGCAAAGACUUCAAUUGCACUUAAGCGAGACAGAAGCCGCAGAAUUUGUGGAAACUGUUCUUAUCGGUAAAAGUUUGGGAAGCAUGUACACCAGAUUGUACGACCAAUUCCAAUUGAUAACGCAGGGCAUCUUCAAUUGA